AUGAGACGGACCGGGGAGUGGAUCAAAGAGAUGGGAAAGAAUGGUCAGAUUCCUCAGGCUGUGAGGAAAGUGAUGCAAACAAGGAAGAAAAUCUCAAGCUGCGUCUACCUACAUGCUCUGAUAUGAUUUGUGGAUAUGCUUGUCUGAAAGGCACUGCGGCCAUGCGAAACACCAAGCGUGGAUCCUGGUAUAUUGAGGCUCUCACCUCUGUGUUUGCAGAGGACUCCCGAGACACUCAUGUAGCUGACAUGUUGGUGAAGGUGAAUAGGCAAAUCAAGCAACGAGAAGGUUAUGCCCCAGGCACAGAAUUUCACCGCUGCAAGGAAAUGUCAGAAUAUUGUAGCACACUCUGUCGGGACCUUUACCUGUUUCCUGGUUAUCUGCCAGGAAAAUAACCCUGCCAGCUCUGUUGGAAGAGAGAUACUGCCAAAGCUGAACUUUAAGUAUGGAUGUCUACAUUUUCAUUCUUAUGAGCUGUGACAUCAGAUGCACAAGGAAUG